AUGCCCGAAUUAGCUGCAUUCACCUUCUUGCCUUUGGGCGCCAUCAUCCAAGAGUUCCGUGUGGGCGGUAAGAAUAUCGUCUUAGGUUUCCCCACGCAAGAGGAUUAUGUCAAGCACAACUCCCCGCAUUACGGUGCCACCAUCGGCCGCGUUGCAAAUCGCAUCAAGGACGGUCUGAUUCAAGAUCUGAAUGGCCAGAAGAUCCAAUUGACCCAGAACAACGGUCCCAAUGCCCUGCAUGGGGGUGAGAAGGGUUGGGGGAAACGUGUUUUUGAUGGUCCACAUACGGUCCAACGUCACGGUCACGACGCCUUGCUGUUCAAGUACCUCUGCAGAGAUGGUGAGGAGGGGUACCCUGGUACUGUCGAGGUACGCGUGUGGUACACCGCCAGCAAGGAGGAGGAUGCCAAGACCGUGCUGACGGCCGAGUACGAAGUCGAAUUCAUUGGCAAUGAAUGUGAGGAGACGGUCGUCAACCUCACCAACCACAGCUACUUCAACAUCGGCGAUGGCCCCGAUAUUUCGGGCACCACUGCCCAGCUCGCGACAGGGGAUUAUCUCCCCCUCGAUAGCACCGGUAUCCCAACCGGUGGGAUUGCCAAAUUCCCCCGCGAUGUGACCACCCCAUUCACACUCACCGCAACGGGCGCACACAUCGACGACGUCUUCGUGUUGGAGUCUGACCCCAGCAAGAUUCCACUGGACACCCGUGGCUUGCCUCUGCGCCGCCUGGCGCAGUUCAGCAAUGCAAGCACGGGCCUUCAUCUGGAGGUGCACAGCACCGAGCCUGCAUUCCAGUUCUACACGGGCAAGUACAUCGAUGUGCCGUCGAUCAAUGGUGCGCCGGCGCACCACGAGGGGGCUGGAUUCUGUGUGGAACCUAGCCGGUACGUGAAUGCGAUUAAUGAGCCUGAAUGGCGGUCCAUGGUCCUACUGAAGAAGGGUCAGAUCUUUGGUUGCAAGACUCUUUACAAGGCGUGGAAGGAUUGA